AGACACACGUACACACAAACACACACACGAACAGGGAGACACGGCCACGUCACUAGCACAGCCAGGCGCACCACCACACCGCGGCCUUCACCAUGAACAUUUUUAGGCUUGCAGGGGACAUUUCCCACCUCCUGGCCAUCAUCAUCUUGCUCCUCAAGAUAUGGACGAGCAGGUCAUGUGCAGGCAUAUCCGGGAAAUCUCAAGUCAUGUUUGCAAUCACUUACACUGCCCGUUAUUUGGACCUCUUGACAAACUUCAUAUCACUUUACAACUCGACAAUGAAGGUUAUUUUCCUUGCCGCCUCCUACGCAACAUUGUACCUGAUCUAUGUGCGCUUCAAGGCCACCUAUGACCACAACCACGAUACUUUCCGUGUGGAGUUCUUGCUCAUCCCUACAGUUAUCCUGUCUGUUCUCAUCAACCAUGACUUUUCACCACUAGAGAUCCUGUGGACAUUCAGUAUUUACCUUGAGUCAGUUGCAAUCCUGCCUCAGCUGUUCAUGGUGUCCAAGACUGGAGAAGCAGAGAGUAUAACGUCACAUUACUUGUUUGCUCUGGGGUCUUACCGAGCCCUCUACAUUGUCAACUGGAUUUACAGGUAUUAUGCUGAAGGAUUUUAUGAUCUGAUUGCUAUUGUGGCUGGAGUUGUUCAGACAGUCCUCUACUGUGACUUCUUCUACUUGUAUAUUACUAAAGUCCUGCAAGGAAAGAAGCUUCAACUACCAGCCUAAGACAGAGGUGUUUGUCAGUGUUACUGCCUCACCUCAACCUACUGUAGGAGCCACCAACACUUGCCACAUCACUCACUGUUUCAUCUGGCUUGCCCAUCUGUUAGCUGGAAUAGUUUAGUGCUGAUAUUUACUUUUUUCUUGUUGAUAAGCUACCUAUAUUUAUCAUUUUCAUAUAAAUUAACCAUAAUUUUGAUAGUGAUGUCAGUUUGGCACUGUUACAAGGAGAGUAAUAUCUGCUUUGUUUUGCCCAUCUUAAUGAGAGGCUCCAUCGUUUCAUUGGUAUUUAAGUUGUGUUUGGUAGGGAUACAUAAUUUUGAAAAAAAUUAAUGAAAAGAGAAGCAUAUAUCUAUCAAGGUUGUGACUUGAAAAAGUAAUCUGCUGUGUUGAACCUGGCUUUGAAGAACCUUACGUUGGAGAACCUGCAAGGUAGAGGUAGUGACGUGGCUGGUGGCUGGCUCAACUCGCACAAGCACUGAAUUCAGUGAACACCUCUCUCUCAUUAUAAAGAACUGACAACAUCAUAUACAAAACAUUUUUUUAACUGAAGUUUUAGAAGCACCAGGUGUGUAUGUCAGAUGUAAAAUGCGAGUGACAAGAUACUUAUGCUUACAAAGAAUUAUGGAAAAUGGUGUUUUAAAUGGAAAUUAUUUUCAUACAGUCAGUCUCUUUCAAGUGAGUGUGGCUUUAAGAAGUUCUUUGCUGUGGUAAGGUUACAGUACUACAGAACAAGUCUUUGGUUACUGCUGGAUAUUGGUUUUUGAAGAUAAUCUUGAGUUCAUGCCAUGAUGUUAAAAAUUUCCAUCUAAAGACAUUGGCCUUCAUAAAUCCUGUUAUUGAGGAUGAAGGACACUUCCAGGAUGCUAUUGUGGUAACUAAAUGUCUUGUUUUCAUGGCUUUUAUUUACAUGCUAAAAAAUGGAAACCAUUCUUGCAUGUAUUGUGUGGAUGUUCUUUAUAUUACUUUGUUAGUGCUUUACUUGAUAAGUAGGGAAACCAAUGAAGAAAGGGAAAAUAUUGUCAUUUCAAACAGGAUAUUUUUUCUACCACAUGACACUGCCAGUCAUAGUUGAAGGCAAUAAAAUAUUUACUUCAUUAGAUGUUAAGGAUGAAAAAUUUGAACAAUAAAUAUGAUGUAGCAAUAUUGUCCCUUAGACUUAUUGCUUUCCUGUUCUGUCUAGUAUGUAACAAAAGUUGCAGUCAGCAAAUUCAAACACUGUGGUCAUUAAAGUUUGUACCAUAUAUAUAGACUU